ACCUUCCAAUGGCGAAGGCUUGGCUGAUGAAUAUUAAUAGACAAGCCUUCGCCAUAGUAAGACCCAUCAAUUCACAAUAAGGGACAGUCUGCGCCAACGGGGACAGGUGGGAUAUUUAUCAUCAUGCUGGAAAUCCAGACUAACAGUCAACAUACGCCUCUGAACCUUCUGCUCGGCUGAGAAACAAACACCAAAGAUCAUAUUUACUGUAAAUGGUGCUGAUUGCCUCUGCGGAGGAGCGCCUCUGCCUUUGCCUUUGGACAUUUGCAGGUCUGCCGUCAUCUUUCUGUGAGAAAUCUCGCAGAAGUCAGUGCAGCCAAGGGGCUUCAGCAUGUUUUGAGUAAAUAAAGAUAUCGAACGAUAUCUCCAUACCAUAAAACGAUGCUGGACAAGAGUAAAUAUAAUUUGGUAGACGACUCAGUGGAUCAGAGGAUUCCUGCUGAUAAUGAUGGGCAGGUCCAGCAUGGGCUCACAUUCGAGGUGAAGUUCAUCGGGAGCCUGGAUAUCGUGCGACCCAAAAGCAGGAUUGAAAUAUUGGUCGCUAUGAGACGAAUACGGUAUGAGUUUAAAACUAAGAACAUCAAGAAGAAGAAAGUCAACCUUAUUGUGUCAGUGGAUGGUGUCAAGGUGGUUUUGCGAAAUAAGAAAAAGAAAUAUGACUAUAGCUGGGAUGAAAGCCAAAUGACCCUGGCCCAGGACCCCAUUUUCAGAAUAUUUUACAUCUCGCAUGACUCACAGGACCUGAAGAUAUUCAGUUACAUAGCUAGAGACAAGAAAAACAAUGUGUUCCGCUGCAAUGUCUUCAAAUCAAAGAGAAAGAGCCAAGCCAUGAGGAUAGUGCGGGCCGUGGGUCAGGCGUUUGAAGUGUGCCAUAAACAGAGUCUAGACAAUGCUGACGCAUGGCUCGUGAAAGGUGAGGAGGAGAGAAACAAAGAUGAGACUUCAGUUGCUGGCGGUACCACUGAGAGAUCAGGCAAUGCUGGGCUGGAGAAAGAUGAAAAGGUGGUUGAAGAGCCAGUGUUGGUGAUGGAGUCGUCCAGGCUAGGGUCUCCUCUCUCCAGUCCUCUAUCCGUGAGCCAUCAGGUGCAGCUCCUGCAGAGGCAGUUACAGCAGCAGGAACAGAGGAGUCAAGCCGCCUCCGCACAGGUGGUUCUGCUGCAGCAGCAGCUAUCGGUGGAGACCAGUGCCAGGACAGAAGCUCAGGCUAGAGUCCAGCAGCUCCUGCAGCAGAACACUGAACUCCUGCAGCACCUCUCACUGCUGGUCAAACACGUCCAAGAGCUGGAGCUCCGCACUCAACCACACAAAAACUCCCCUUUGGGAUCUCAAGACAGCCUUCUGGAAAUCGCCCUGCGUGCCAACAUGCCAGCUGUAUCACGUGAGCCCAACCCGAAUCCUUCCUCAAGUGAUCGAGAGGGCUUCCCUCUCUCAAACAGCCUGGUUCGGCUUGACGGCUUUCGUUUCUUCUCAGAAUCUUCAGAUCAGGAGAAGAAGCCGGAGCAGGACCGUGACUCAGGACAGGGUCAGGAUGAAGAUCAGUCGGGCGGCUGCUCUCCUCCAGGGAACCAGUUCCUCAGCUCACUGGACACACCUGGAUUCAGAGAGUCCGGUAUUGCAUCCGGAUAUGAGUCCAACACGGAUGAGAGCGAUGACCGGGACAGCUGGGGCCAGUAACUUUGUGCAUCUGAUGCCGCUUUUCCACUGGGGCUGGUGCCAGAGCUGGAGCUGAUGCUUGGCCAAGAGUGGCACUCAUUCAGAACCGGCUUGCAUUUCCACUGGCAAGGAGCAAAUCCUUCUACAUCACCUGUGACCGGAAUCACUUGUUAUCUGUUCCAGAAGGAGAGCAUUGAUCUGUUCUGUCAACCACUGCUGAACUGACACAUUUUUGUGUUAAUGUUGUUCAUUUCGCUGAAACCAUGACGGCUUUAAAAAUAGCGCCUUUCAAACAGCGGCCUGUAGUGGAAACUCUGCCUAUGGACGUCACAGGAUCCCUUGUUUGAGAGCAGCAAGGUUCGGGCCGGUUCUGAUUUUUUUUUUGAGUGGAAAAGCAAAGCCCGGUUCCCGGUUGGGCUCUGGUUCUGGCACCAGCCCUGGUGGAAAAGCAGUAUGAGUGUGUGAGACUGGUAGCAGCUAAGCACUUUAUAUUGGUGGGGAGAGUUUUAUAUGUCAACUUCAGCUGUCAGAAUAAAUAUAUAAAUAAAUAUCAGAAUAUAUAAAUAUGUAUUAGAAAUAUAUAUAUAUAAAAAGAAACUAAAAGACGUUACACAUCCCAGUGUGUUAAAUGAUCAGAUCCCAGCCGGUGGGUAUCCAGGUAUCCAAUGUGAAAUUGUGUAAAAAUCAUAGUUCACCGAAAAAGAAAAGUUCCAAACCUGUGAAUUUUUUUUUUUUUUGUGUGUGUGUGUGUGUGUGUGUGUGUGUGUGUGUGUGUGUGUGUGUGUGUGUGUGUGUGUGUGU